CAUUGAUAUAGAUGGCUGACAGGGGCACACAGAUGUCAGUAACAACAGAGAAGAUGUUUAUGUUUUUAUGUGUUUUUUAUUUAUCAUGGACGUCUGUUCGGGCCGAGAUUUAUUCUGCAGUUCUCGAUAAACAAACUGGCCAGCUGUCCUUGGAGGAGGGGUUCCGAGACGACUAUGUAGCCUGGGCGAACUUUACCGACGACAUCAAGAACUCGGGCUGGACAUAUCUGGAAGUGACCACUAGCGGACACUAUAAUGAUAGCAUCCAGGCGUAUGCUGCCGGGGCCGUUGAGGCUGCAGUUACCUCCCAGCUGAUCUAUAAGCACUGGAUGAACACUCUUAUGGGGUACUGCGGUCCGUUUACCUUCGAGUCGGGAUUCUGCCAGAGACUGAAGGAUUACAUCACUUCCAACCUGCAGUGGGUCAGACAGCAGAUAGAGGAGCAUCCACACUGUCCCUACUGGCACCAGGUGCGGUUGGCGUUGCUGCAGCUGAAAGGUCUGGAGGACGGCUACAAUGAUAUGCUGUCAUUUCCCAGAGGCCCUUUCACUCUCAACCCCUUCGGCUUCCUACUUUUCCAGAUGGGAGGAGACCUAGAGGAUCUUGAGGGGGCCCUAAACAAAUCCAGCCAUUCACGGACUCUGGGCUCUGGCUCCUGCUCCGCCCUCAUCAAGCUGUUGCCUGGCAACAAGGAUCUACUGGUGUCUCAUGAUACCUGGAACAUCUACCAGGCCAUGCUGCGCAUCCUAAAGAAGUACCAGUUUGCCUACCGUGUCUCUCCUACAGACAGUGAUAUGAUCCCUGGUGGAACCCAGGCGUUCUCUUCCUACCCAGGCUCCAUCUUCUCUGGAGAUGACUUCUACAUCCUUAGCACUGGGCUGGUUACUCUGGAGACCACCAUCGGCAACAGUAACCCCGCCCUCUGGAAGUUUGUUCAACCAACCGGAGCAGUGAUGGAGUGGCUGAGGAACAUCGUAGCCAAUCGGCUGGCUACAACUGGCAAGGCGUGGGCAGAGAUUUUCAGCAAACACAACAGCGGAACGUAUAAUAACCAGUGGAUGAUAGUGGACUACAGGCAUUUCACUCCAGGGAUGACAGAGACUAAGGAGCAGCUGUUUACUGUACUGGAGCAGAUCCCUGGGCUAGUUGUUCACUCUGAUAAAACCCAGGAAUUGCUGCAGAAAGGCUACUGGUCUAGUUACAACAUCCCGUACUAUGAGGAGGUGUUUAAUGCCAGCGGCUGUAGAGAACUGGUAGAGCAGUUUGGUCCAUGGUUUUCUCUGGACAUGAAUCCUCGAGCCCAGAUCUUCAGAAGGAACCAAUCACACGUCACAGACAUGGACUCCAUGGUCCACCUCAUGAGGUAUAAUAACUUUAAGGAGGACCCAUUGUCACGGUGCGAGGGCUGCGACCCGCCUGCUAACGGGGAGAACACCAUCUCGGCCCGCUCCGACCUGAACCAGGCUAACGGGACAUAUCCCUUUGGAGCGCUGAAGCAGAGACCACAUGGUGGAACGGAUAUGAAGGUGACGUCUUAUGGGCUGUGGCGUGAGUUUGGAUUCUUGGCAGCGAGUGGACCCACGUGGGACCAGGUACCUGCUUUCCAGUGGAGUUCCUCUCCCUACUCAGACCUGAUGCACAUGGGACACCCCGACACCUGGGCUUUCACACCUAUACAUGUCACCUGGUCUACCUAACCCGUAACCUUUAAAUUAACCCUACACGCACACAUCCAUCAGUGUAAGAAAAUAAACUGAGGGGUGCUGGAUUUCAUUUGAAAAGGGGAAAUGAUUACAAAUGUAAUGCAAAUGGAUAUACACUACAACAGUAAGCUCAGGGUUAGCAUGUGUAUACUGUUUACUGCACUGCUGUUUGAGAUAAGGGAAUGUGUUUUAACAGUUUAAAAAACAAAAUCAUGUUUUGCUCAUACUGGCUGUCUCAUAUUGAAUGUAAUGUGAGAUGGUAUAACUGUUUGAAAUGAGACUUCCACUAUUGACAAUAUUGAGGUAGGAAAUUGUACCUCUUAGACGCACAAAAAAUACUUUGUUUGGGCAAUAGAGAAUGAUUUUGUUUUCCAUUUUUUAAAUCUAUUUUCAAUUUGAAUCCUAAAGUAUUCUACCAUUUGAUUCAUGCUGCUAAGGCUACUGGUCAAUUCAUUUAAUUCAUAUCAACGCUAUUAAGACCGUAAUCAGAUCAAAAUAUGUAUUACAUUUCUCAUUUGACAGAUAAAGGCUUGAAUGUGUCCAGUUUUUUUUAUUCAAUGGUCAAUGGUUGUCAUUAAAUGAGUUUUGAACUUCA